AUGGCGCGCAACUCAUCCGCAGCCCCGAUUUUCACUCUUACUCGUAGCCAGAUGGCAUUUUUGAAGGACCGCAUGCAGGCGUACAGAAACAAGAAGCCUUCAGCGCGACCCGCGUAUGCUAGAAAGGUGGCAGGGGAAUUGAAGGAGGACCUGGAGGAGAUUACGGAAGGACCUCUCUCUCAAGAGAGGCAAAAGGCCUUACGGAAGGCGGUCGCGCGGUGGUUUGUGGUCAAUUUCAAGUACGAGAAGGGACCUCACAAGCGCCCUUGGGGAAUCCGCUGGCACACCCGCCUGGUUUUCCAGUACGAAAGGUCGCGCGCUAUUCUCUACGUGGCCAAGAUGCUUGCCGAGAACAAGCCCUUACCCAAUCUAAGAACUCUUUUGGACAAAGAGGAAUCGAUUAUUCCGCCGGACGCCGUUGCACCCGACCAAGAGGGGUACCUGCCCGACGACAAUGAGGGUGAAGAAGACGACGAAGACGAAGGGAACGACCAGGACGAAGCCGGAGCGGAAGAUUACCAGGAGGAAGAGCUAGAGGAAGAGCCGGAGGAGGACGACAGCAGGGAUAUUGACGAGGAUUCCCGACCAGUACCGCCUACGCCGCCCGUCGAAAAUGCUCCCAAACCUUUCUACAAGUACCAGCCCGCGACAUCUCUCCUAAUGAAGACCCUGACGGCUGAAGAGACUGCGUACUAUGAAAGGAAGGCAGCAGUUUGGAGGCAGAAAGGACCUCCUCGGGAGGAGCAGCGACGGGUUGCACAGAGGUUCUUAUCUUCUCGACUGUACGACUUCGUGAUUUCGGGUUUCAACGACAUGAACGCGCGAUUCUUUAUCUUAUACUCGUACGAAAAACCCGACGGCACACGUCUAGCUCUUCCUUUCGACUACAAUAAGGAGCUUGGGGGGUGCGAGGAGUCGUUCAUGGAAGAGUUCGAGGAGCUCGUGGCUGAGGCUCACACAGCAUGGGGAAACUGGGCAGGAGGGGUGUAUGCUGCACAGAAGGAUUCCGAUUCAAACAGGACGGUACAAAAGGCCUCCUCCAAAGUCUCUAAAUCCAGGACAAAACCUUUGAUGACGAUGGAGCUCUAUGGGGACGGUACACCCAUCCUCCCUCCCCUUGCAGCGCGACCAUACGGAAUCACCCCCCAAAUUUGGCUGGCGGCAGUCUUCCGAAGUUUUUUCACCCGUCAUCUCAUCUUGGCCAAGAGUACUGUUCCAAUGCCUGAGGUCGACCCCCUCGAUCGUGCGCGCCCCGAGCUCAAUUGGGGCGCCCUAGCUCAAAACUUCAGCGAAUGUAUACGGAAGGAUAUCAUCGACCCCGUGGUAUUCGAGAAAGGGUUCAAGGAUCCUUUGCACAUGAGCACACAGGACCUACACACACUACACAAGAUUCUGUACAGCCGACAACAGGACGACUCCGUCGACAUCGACUUUCGCUUCGAGAAGUACCCUGUUCGACUCCAAGGAGGAAGGUACAAGUACGAACCCAGUCGACAGGCUAAGGAGGAAUCGGGGGUUCAAAGCGACGGCGAGAUUGGCGACUACAGUCUACUGGGGGAAGAAAUGACCAGGAGGCACCCUAGGGUGCAAGUUUCUGAUCACCGAUGGGGGAGGAUUAGAGGUCGUCCUCGUUCUCCCUCGUCUUCUCUACCUGAGGACGUCGGUGGGUUUUCCAACCAAAGAAACCCUCCACCUCCACCACCUCGCUCUCGGUCGUCCUCGCCUGAGGACGUUGGUGGGUUCCCCAGCCGAAGGAACCCACCACCUCCACCACCUCGCUCUCGAUCGUCCUCGCCCGAGGACGUUGGUGGGUUCUCCAGCCAAAGGAACCCACCACCUCCACCACCUCGCUCUCGGUCGUCCUCGCCUGAGGACGUUGGUGGGUUCUCAAGCCGAAGGAACCCACCACCUCCACCACCUCGCUCUCGAUCGUCCUCGCCCGAGGACGUUGGUGGGUUCUCCAGCCAAAGGAACCCACCACCACCGACAUCUCGCUCUCGAUCGUCCUCGCCUGAGGACGUUGGUGGGUUCUCAAGCCGAAGGAACCCACCACCUCCACCACCUCGCUCUCGAUCGUCCUCGCCCGAGGACGUGGGUGGGUUCUCAAGCCGAAGAAACCCACCACCACCGACACCACCUCCACCACCACCGCGCUCUCGAUCGUCUUCACCCGAGGACGUCGGUGGGUUCUCUACCCAAAGGAACCCACCACCACCAACACCAACACCACCACCACCUCUUCGCUCACGGACACCAACCCCUCCUCGCUCUCGAUCGUCCUCGCCCGAGGACGUUGGUGGGUUCUCAAGCCGAAGGAACCCACCACCACCGACAGCUCGCUCUCGAUCGUCCUCGCCCGAGGAAGUCGGUGUAUCUGGUUUUGGUCAACAGCGAGGGGAAGGGGAGGAAAUGGAGGAGAACCGGGGGGAGGAGGAAGCGGCUCAGGUACGGCCACCUUCAAGGCGAGGUAUGAUGUUGACUAAAGGGUUGUCGCCCAUUCCUCCGGACGAGGUUGACGCUCCAAGGACAACAAGAGCGGCUAAGCGGGCGCGCAACGAAUCUGAGCAUGCGGCAGACCAGGCAAAACGAUCAAGGACAAUGAGGGGAGGCGAUAAUGCAAGGGUUACGCGAAGUUCCAAGCAGAGGGAUAAUAAGCGUAGAGGUCGUCGGUAA